CACACACACACAGAGAGAGAGAGAGAGAGAGAGAGAGACAGAGAGAGAGAGAGAGCGCAUGUAGAGAAGCUGCACCACAGUCGAUGCAGCAGAUCGCUCGCACGCUCGAUGUCUCGCAGAUGAACUUUUUUCUUCUCCUUCCUUUAGCCAUGCGCCUCGGUCCGCUUCUCUCCGGCUCUUCAUCUUUGUGCGGGUGACAUGUUUUCAAAUGUGAUCGUUGUGGUGCAUUUUCUAGCUCUGCAGUUACAACACGGCGCAACCGAUCUGUGCAACUGGACCGGGAGCGGUUUUGCAGCUGCCGCGGACUCCAGGCUCGUUCUGCAGGUGCGGCUGCGCUGCACCGAGGGCUCGGUGAGGUGGGUCUACCCGGGCCAAGCCCUCAGGGUGGUUCUGGAGCCGAACCUGUCCUCCAACCCGCGCACCACCGUCUGCAUCAAACCGUCCCCCUCGUUGCGCGGAGCCAGCGUGUUCGUGGAACGCGGCGGGGACCUGGAGCUGCUGGCGACGGACGACGCGCGGUCGCAGCAGCAGCGGCGCCAGGUGUUCUGUUUCCGCGCAGAUGGACCGCGCAGGCCCGCGAUCUACCUGCAAGCCAGCCCGCGGGGCGAGGGCCACUGGAGCAGGCGCACGAUGGGCUUCAGAUACGAGCUGCUGGGGAACAGGAGCUCUGCGCCCAGCCUGGGCCUCCGCGGGCCACAGACAUCUUGUCGACCCUGCAAUGACACAGAACUCCUGAUGGCCGUCUGCAACAGUGACUUUGUGGUCCGAGGCCACAUCAAGAAUAUCUCCCACAACUCUGAAAGUCAGACAUCGUCGGUGGAGGUGUCCGCGGCGAGGGUGUACUGGCAGCGCAGUGGAGUGUUUGAGCGGCGAGUUUCUCCGCGGUCGCCUCGCCCGAUCUCCUCCUGGCGUGGACACAUCCACACACUCCUACGGUGCCACGUGAAGCCUGGGGAUGGGGAGUUCCUCUUCACGGGGUCGGAACACUUUGGGGAAGCUUGGUUAGGGUGUGCACCACAUUACAAAGACUUCCUGUCCGUCUACCAGACUGCCAGGGCGGCACGUCGGAAUUCUUGUGACUUCCCUUUAGACUGAGGAAGUGUGUUGUCGUAGCUCUACAGCUGAGCCCAGCAGCUUUUGUCCACAGGCGUUCUGACCCCUGUACUGGCACUGUGGGAUCUCUGUAAUGUUUUUUAAUGUGCCAUUCAGGUGGCAUCCAGUAUCACCAGCAGGGCAAAGCUACUGAACUUGUGGCGGAAAACACGUUUGGAGGAGAAGAACAGGAGCAAACCAGCAGGGUCGUCCUGCGCCGAGGCUCAGAGAGGGGCCGGCCUUUGUCUCUUUCCCAUCACCGUCCUCGGCCCUGGGAGACUGAGAAGGGGUCGGGUUGCCGCUCUCUCUUUGUGCUUCUCCCCACAUCGACUGUUGUUCACUUUGCUGCCUCUGUGUGAGAGUUGCCCUCUGAACCAGGGUGGGAGGGAAGAUUGAAGGGCCGCCGUUUAGUGAAUAAUAGGCUUGAACAUGUAUGACUGUGGAGGUUUUUUUUUUUUUUUAAAUUCAGAUUCCUGUGCGCCGAAGUUUCAAAUCCUCUCUCUGUUGUGUAUUUAUGUGAUGUACAUGAAAAUUAAAUAAUCUGAAGACUC